UUGCUGGACACCAGAAAGAACCUGGAGCUGACCCCAGGCCGCUUGACCAUUGCUUUGACUCCCAAGCCGCAGAAGCACAGCAAGAGGGGACUGAAUCUGGGUUGAGCUAUCCUGGGGAAGGAAGAGUAAGUCGAGUGGCCCAGGAGGGAAAGUGGUCCAGGAGGGAAGAGUGUCCCUAAAAACUCUGGGCCAGCACAAGGUUCUCCUGGCCACCCUGUGUCUGGGGACUGUGGAAUGCAACCAGAGGACAAGGGCAUGCUUGGUGGUGGAGGCAACGAUGGGGGUCUGGCCAGCGCCGCAGCGCGGGGACAAGUGGAGACGGUGCGGCAGCUCCUGGAAGCCGGCGUGGAUCCCAACGGAGUCAACCGCUUCGGGAGGCGCCCGAUUCAGGUCAUGAUGAUGGGCAACACCCGCGUGGCCGAGCUCCUGCUGCUCCACGGUGCCGAGCCCAACUACGCCGACCCCGUCACCCUCACCCGACCGGUGCACGACGCCGCCCGGGAGGGCUUCUUGGACACGCUGGUGGCGCUGCACCGGGCCGGGGCGCGGCUGGACGUGCGCGACGCGUGGGGCCGCCUGCCCGUGGACCUGGCUGAAGAGAAGGGCCAUCGCUAUGUAGCACGGUACCUGCGCGCGGCUGCGGGGGACUGAGGGCGGUGCAGUGCGGCCGCCCACAACGAAGUUUUCCCCUCGCCAAUACCCUACCCCUACCCAGUUCCAAGAGUGCCCCGAAAGUGGAGCAGCUCGUGGAGCUUUCUUGGGCUGCUAGAGUCCCAGAGGAAGGAGGGGCCUCCCGGGAAUGAGAUCAAACUCGUUUACAAACUCAAGAUCCAACCUUUGGCACUUACCUUGAAGCCAAACGCGGAGACUUGGCCCUGUGUACUUUCCGCGAGAUUGAGGAAGCAGUGUAGCUGCAGGUUCUCUGGCGGAAAGUGCACGUGAGGUCUUGGAGCUACCCCUGGUGCCGGCCAGUCUUC